AUGGCUGCUGCGAAUCCAGCACAACUGCUCCUAGGUGAACUGACGUGUGUGGUGUGUCUAGAUUAUUUUAAAGAUCCAGUGUCUCUAGAUUGUGGGCACCAUUUCUGCCAGGCCUGCAUCACUCGGUGCUGGGAGGAAUUGAGUGCAGACUUCCCCUGUCCUGAGUGCAGAGAAACCUUCUCCCGGAGAAACCUCAAACCAAACAGACAGCUGAGGAAUAUUGUAGAAGCUUCCAGAAAACUGACACUGGAGUCAGCAAAAGAACCAGAAGUUGGGACAGUGUGUGAAAAACACAACGAGGAUUUAAAAGUCUUCUGCCAAGAGGAUCAAACACCCAUUUGUGUGGUUUGCCACCUGUCCCGAGAUCACAGAGAUCACACGGUGGUUCCCAUAGAGGAGGCUGCUGAGGAUUACAAGGAACGAAUUCGGAGCCAUUUGGAGAGUUUGAAAAAAGAGAGAGAAGCGAUUCUGUCAUUUAAACUGAGUGGGGAAGAUAAAAGCCAUGAACUGCUGAAACAGCUGGAAACUGAGAAGCAGAAGAUUGUGGCUGAAUUUCAGCAACUGUGCCAGUUUCUGGAGGAACAAGAGCGACUCCUGCUGGCCCAGCUGGAAGAGCUGAAUAAGGAAAUUGAAAAGAUGGGGGCUGAGUAUGUUGCCAGACUAUCUGAGGAACUCUCCUCUUUCAGUUCCCUGAUCAGUAAGAUGGAGGAGAAGUGCCAGCAGCCAGCGAGUGAAUUCCUGCAGGACAUCAAAGGCACCUUGAGCAGAUGCGAGAGGGAGAAGUUUCAGAACUCAGGGGCCUUUUCUUCUGAACUGAAAUGGAGACUCUGGGAAUCUUCUCAAAGAAACACAUCUCUGGAGACCAUAGUGAAGAAAUUCAAAGACUCACUCUCGUCCAGACAGCGGUUGGACAAAGCGAACGUGACUCUGGAUCCAAACACGGCCCAUCCCCGACUCAUCCUGUCGGCGGAUCGGAGAAGUGUGAGAAGGGGAGUCACGCGGCAGGACCUGCCCGACAACCCUGAGAGAUUUUGUCGGGGACUCGAACCCCAACAGCGAAGUUCAAUGUCCUGUGUGCUGGGCUGUGAGGGAUUCACCUCGGGCCGACACUACUGGGAGGUGGAGGCGGAGGUGGGGAGGGGAUUCUGUGAUGUGGGGGUGGCCAGGGAGUCUGUGAGCAGGAAGGGACGGAUCAGCCUUAGCCCUGAGCGGGGGGUCUGGGCUGUGCGGUGCUGGGCGGAUCAGUACUGGGCUCGCACGUCCCCUGGGCAGAGCAUCCCCUUCCCCCCGAGCCGGGCGCCCCGCAGGAUCCGGGUGUAUCUGGACUAUGAACGGGGGCAGGUGGCGUUUUUCGAUGCUGGUACCGGGGACCCGAUCGUCACUUUCCCGCCGGCCUCUUUCGCCGGGGAGAGAAUCCGCCCGUUCUUCUGGCUUAGUGCCGGUGUGCGGCUCCUCUAGCCCCCACCCCCUGAUCUCUAUGGCCUGGAGGACUCAGCCCCCUCCCCCCGAGCUGAAGGGGGGUGACGCUCUACCCGUAGCACUCUGGCUGUGGAGGUCUGUGUGUGGCGCUCUAGGAUCAGUGUCUAUGCUCCUAGGAGGCCAACUCUGGCGGGGGGGGGGGUCCCACCACGGAAGGAGGGAGCCCCCCUGUGGGAGGGACCCAGCCGAGUGCCAGGGAGAGACCCCUCAACUGGGGGAGGGGAGA